UUUUUUUGAUAGAGUAAGGUCAACGAGACAACAUGGUAUUCAUCAAGGUCUUGUUAGUAGCAGCGUUUUGCAUUUACCAAGGUGCGGCGAAUUGCAUUGAGUGGGGCCUUAUUGAAUGCCAGACGAACAAUAGAUGUGUGAGCAUGCGCGACAUCUGCGACGGGGAGAACGACUGCGACGACAAUUCCGAUGAGGAACACCGUUUGUGCUCCAUUUUGGACAAGUCAGGAUGCGGAUCACCUGGAUCAUUUCGUUGCGACCAAAAGGGUAACGUGACCUGCAAGAGAAUCAAGGAACACUGCAAUGCGUCCAACCCUCCUUGUGAUAAUAGAAACGAGCGGCUAUGCCAGAUGCUGAAGGAUGGAAAACUACAGACGAACGUGUUAUCUGCCGAAAUUUCAGGUGAAGAGUUCCUUGAAAAGUUCAACGUUACAAUUGAACAUCCUGAUUGUCCUCACCUGUACACACGUGUUGGCGACCACUGCUUGUCAUUCUUUUUCUUUGGAUUGGUCAACUGGGGAGAAGCUCGGUCUUUCUGCAAGAUGAAUGGCGGUGACCUUUUGACCUUUCAAGAUGGCGUCGGGAUCUUCUACGAAAUCGUCCGCCACCUCCUGCGAAUUGCUUUCACACCAGGGUCACAUCGCACGUGCCAAGUGGCAGAUGAUAUCACCUCGGACUUCUGGGUUGGGGGAGCCAUACGAAACAGGACAUGGACAUGGGUGGACGGUAACCCCAUUGAAAUGGGCACCCCCUACUGGUCCCUCAGACCGAACCCUAAUUGCCAGCAUCGCAACCUGACCGCCAGAUACAAUGAAGAAUCUUGUAAUCAGUUCCUGCAACGACCACUGACUCCCGCCGUAAGUAUGUGCACCGCCCUUACCUUCGAGAACUACUUCUACAUGAGCGACGAAGACUGCCUGACGAAGAAGAGCCCUUUGUGCGUCGCGGAAAAGGAACCCUCUUUGAGGGCGUGAGGCGGUCGCAAGUAUGUCCCUGUUCUCCAUAGAGUACUGUUUCCUUCUUUCUUUUUUAAUGGUGACUCCAAUUCGUUUCCUGGCAUUGGCGACCGAGUUGUGAAUAGAAGCAUGUUCAUGUUGUGAUACUGCAUUUGUGACUGAUAGUUAUAUCAACUGUCUACAAUAAGAAACUUAAAAUGAU